AUGAAACUUGACACUUCUCAUAUGAGGUAUUUAACCUCGGAUGAUUUCAGAGUCCUACAAGCUAUAGAACUAGGGUCACGUAAUCAUGAGUUAGUGCCAACUCAAAUGAUCCACUCCAUCGGAGGGUUAAAGUCUCCGUCAGCAACAAAUAGAGCUAUAGGCGAUAUUGCCAAAUUGAAGUUGAUUUCGCGAUUGCGUAAUGCCAAAUAUGACAGAUUCCGUUUGAGUUACAAUGGGUAUGACUAUCUUGCAUUGAAAAGUAUGCUUAACAGAAACACAUUGUACUCGGUUGGUACCACUAUUGGGGUUGGGAAAGAGUCCGAUAUUUACUCUGUUAGCGACCCACAGGGUGUACAGAAAGUGUUAAAGAUCCAUCGUUUGGGUAGAACGUCUUUUAAGACAGUAAAGAAUAAUCGUGAUUAUUUGAAGAACAGACAAACUUCAAAUUGGAUGUAUCUUUCCCGUUUGGCGGCGGCCAAGGAGUACCAGUUUAUGGAGGUUUUGUAUAAUAAUGGGUUCAAUGUGCCGCAACCGUUUGAUUACUCGAGACACUGUGUGAUGAUGGAGUGGAUCAAAGGUAUACCCAUGAAGCAUUUGAGACAGCAUAAAAAUUAUAAAAAAUUGUAUUCUGAUUUGAUGGGCUUCAUUGUUAGAUUGGCUAAAGCUGGGUUGAUACAUUGUGAUUUCAACGAGUUUAACAUUCUUAUUAGGGACGACUCUGACGGUCACGAGUUUGAUUUUGUUGUUAUUGAUUUCCCACAAUGUGUUUCUAUCGAACACCCAGACGCCAAAGAAUAUUUCGAUCGUGAUGUGCAGGGUAUUAGAGAUUUUUUCAGUAAGAAAUUUAGAUACAAUCCACAGCAUGACCCAACCAUGUUUGACACUGAUGGCUACGGUGAUGGGUAUAAAUACGCAUACCCCAAUUUCAAGCGUGACGUUAUCAGAGAAAAGAGUUUGGACGUGGAAGUACAAGCGUCAGGGUAUGCAAAAAAGAAGACUGGAAACCGUGAAGAUAAAGAUUUGGAAAAAGCCGUUUUGGGAAUGCGAAUCAAGGCUGACGAAGAUGAAGAUCUUUCUGAAAUUGAAGAUGAAGAAGUUGCCACAGAUGAUGAGAUGGACGAGGACGAGGACGAGGAGGACGAAUACGAUGAGGAUUUACUUGAAGACGAGGACGGAGUUGACGAACAGGCAGAAGCUGAAGAGAACGAAAAAAUCAUAGAAGCAUUGUCCAAAGGUGAUAAGAAACUUAAGAUGGAUAAAUUAGGAAACUAUAUACUUGACGAAUAG